AUGGCGUACUACGAUGGUCAUACGGAUGCCGACCAAAUGCCGGGUAUUGAUCGGAUGGAUGCCGAAUAUACGAUAUAUGUGACAAAUUUACCAAUAGAGUUAAAUGAGGAUGGUAUCAGAGAUAUUUUUAGUCAGUAUGGCAAAAUUAAGGAAAUGUUCUAUCCUCGUAAUGCCACAUGGGCCUAUGUUACAUAUGGAACAUAUCGUGAAGCUGAACUUGCUAUGCGAGAACUCCACGAAAAAAGACCAUUAUGCCUGAAAGUGGCACUUGCAAAAGAUAAAUCUACAAAAGAAGAAGUAUAUUUUGAGAAACCGAAGGUGAUAAAUACUACAGAUUCACCGUCACCUAUUUAUAGUGAUUUAAAAUAUCAAAGUAUGGGCCGUGGUCAAUCAACGCAUGUAUUUCGUAAGCAUGUAAUGCCACAUUUGACAGUACCAACUAAUUUUGCAAACUGUGGAUCAUUAUCAUCUUUGCCUUCAUGUUUACAAACACAUGAUAUUUAUGAAAUGGAGGAUCCUUACAUGAGUAGUAAUAAAUUGUGGACAAGAGGUGUAGUAACUGUUACACCUGAUGGAAAAAGACAUGUUUCUCUUGGACGUGGUUACACACUGUAUGAGUAUCCAGAAUCAUAUCCUAAGAUCGAAGACUGUAUUUUAAAAGUAUAUCAACAACGAAAAAAUGGAUUAUAUGAAUAUUCUAAAGACAAAUUUAAGAAUGAAGUGCAAAACUGUUCUGUUUGUUCUACAAAGACAACAACACAUUGUGAAAAAUGCUGUACAUAUUAUUGCAGCAAAGCUUGUCAAUUGGAAGAUUGGCCGCAACAUCAGGCUAAAUGCGAACGUAUUCCGGCAUUAGUGGAAGAAGUUGAUAUAUCAUCAUUGCAAAUUAAUCAAGAUACAAAUCAAAUAAAAAGGACGUCAACCCCAAAUGUUGAGAAAAUAGCUAAAACUGGUGAUGUAAAAUUACGACGGCCUAAUACAUUUAAUAUGAUGAAAGUUGAAAACUCGAAUAAUACGAGUGCAAAUAUCAAUGAGCAUAAAACUAAUAUAGAAGUUACUUGUAAGUCUAUCAACCAUAUUCAGGAUAAAUCUGUAUCUGCUCAAUGUGAUGAUAUUAAUGAAUUUCAAACUAAAGUGGCAGAUCAGCCUGUAGUAAAUGCUACAAACACUAAAGAAUUUUCUCAACAGCAUCGAUUGCGCGGAUAUAAUAAUACUAAUGAGAGUACUGAUCAAUUGAAAAUAAGUAAUGGAUGUCCCCCAUCAUCUAGCUUCAUUGACCGAAAUCAACAUAACCAUAAUUACCGAAAUAAUUCAAAAACGACUGAUUUUAAAGAAAGAUAUGAUAAUAGCAAUAUAAGAGAUAGAACUUCCAAUAAUGAUAGAAAUUUUCCUCCUCAAAGGAAUAGCUUCCAAAACAAUAAAGGUUCUGCUGAUUAUAAUGACAGAGAAAAUACCAGUAGACAAGGAAAUUUUUCCAGUAAUACUUCAGUGUGUGUGAACAAUGAUUUAGCUUUUUAUAAAGAUACACAGUUGUCAAAAACAAAAUUUUUAGCUGUACAAGUUAUAAUAUCACUAGAUAAUGAUGAGUAUUGGAUAUGCAAAUUAGAGGAUAUAGAUGCACGUACGAACUUAAUGAUGAAUUUACAAGAUGUCGCAAAAAAAUCGCGUAAUGUACAGCCGAUUAUUGGUGAAGUUUACGGCGUUUUAUAUGAAACUAUUUGGCAAAGAGCUAUAAUAACAUCACUGAAUCCUACUAAGGUCCAUUUUAUUGACUUUGGAAACGAUGAGAUACUAGAAAAAAAUAGUGAAAUCAAAGAUAUUGGUGACCUGAUAAAAUUUCCUAAGUUUGCUAGAAAAAUUCGUUUGGCGCAAGGUACAAGCGAUAAAUAUAGAAAUCUACAGUCUGGCGAGAAAAUUUCUGUUAAAAUGUUGUCUAAAAAUUAUGAUAAAACAAUAGUAGUAGAUGUAGAAGAAGAGCAAUCCACUGCAGAGAAUUUAUCUUCACAUACAGAAAGUGCUUCAAAUGGUGCAAAGAAAAAAUUUGUGCCACAAAAAAAUGUUGAUAUAUUACCAAAUAAUAAAAGUACAAAUGCUUCCACGAUGAUUCAACAAAUACCUAGCGUUUUAGAUGCCUUGGCUGAUUUGAGACAACACAAUUCAGAAUUGCAAAUUAACGCUUUUAUACAAAUUUUUGAGUCUACACAAAAAAAUGUUUACAAUGCAACUUUUUUUCCACAAGUUUUUAGUACUGAAAUAAAGAUGGUCUUAGAAGACAUACAAGACGAAUGUUCAAAGAUACAAGUACUUGCAGAUUACAUACCAAAAGUAGGAGAAUUGGUUUGCGGUAAGUGGGAUGGAAGCUGGUACAGAGGAUAUAUUUCGACACAUCCCCAGUCCAUCUUUGCAAUAGACGAGACAAGAAUUUUACAAGUAACUGAAAUUGUACCAUGUCCUAAAAAAUAUUCGAAUAUUUGUGCUUUUGGAGUAAUAUGUGAAAUAAAUUCUACUGUCAAAUUAGAAAUGGAUAGCAGUUACGAGUGUACAUCAAUUUCAAGUGAGAAGAGCAGCAAACAAAGUCUCGAAAUACAAAUGCAUGUGAACUCUGAAGUGAUACAGGCUGUACUGAAGACCUGGAAAUUGACAAAUUCAUCAAAUUUAUUUGAGUUAAAGAGUGGAUCUAAGAUAUGUCUUACAAGUUAUCGAAAUUAUUAUUAUAUGUUUGCACGGUCUUUAGAAGAAGCAGAUGUAGAACAUUAUAAUAACGUUAUGCAAUCUGUUGCACAAUAUGCACAAACAGCACCAAACCUAACUGAGCCUCCACUUGAUGGAGAAAUAGUGAUUGCGCCAUUCGAAGAAGAUGGUAACAGUUAUCGUGCAAUGGUACUUAAAAAGACACAGAAUAAUAAAGUUAAGAUAGUAUAUAUUGAUUUUGGUAAUAUAACUGAAAUUGAUACAAAAAAUCUUAAAGUCAUGCCGUGUCAUUCACAGCAACAAAGCUGUGCAGUAAAAGUAAUCUUAAAAGAUGUACCUCGUGACGUGCCCAUGAACCAAGAUGUUGACAUGUAUCUUCGUCAUUUAUCAGGCACAGAAGUACCCCUAGUAUGUACAUUCGAGAGUUCAGCCAAAGAUGGAGUUCGUUUGACGAUUCUUGAUACAGGAGAAUGUGUUAAUGAUAAAAUAAAUCAGCUGUUAAUUCCAGGAUGGAAAAAAGAAAACAAUGAUGAUAACACAUGCUACAUGUUGAAUAACAUCAAAACAGCAAUUUUGGGACGUGUCGGUGAAACAGUGAAUGCUAUGGUAGUAUAUCAACGGGAGGAUGUAACAUCAUAUAUGAUGGGUCCUCUCGAUGUGGACUUGAUAACUCAUUUGGAAGAGAUGCCGAAAAUGUUGAAAGAAUAUGCUGAGAAAAAUGAUUAUUAUCUUCCAAGAAAGGAAGAAUUAUGUGUAGCACUGUACGAUGGGGCGUGGUAUCGAGCAGCAUGUCUCAAUCCUAAGAAAUCGUACAUGACAGCUGAAAUUUUUUUUAUUGAUUAUGGUAAUAUAGAAAUAGUAGAGCAUAAGAAUAUAAGGUUAAUGCCCAAAGACUUCAUUUUGCCUGAAGCAUUUGCGAGUAUUUGUUCAGUUGUCAAUUUAGCACCAAUCGACGGUAAUGGAAAAUAUUCGGAAGCAGUACAGAAUAAAUUAAAGGAAUUAGUAGUGGACAAUACACCCAUCAAAAUUAAAAUUGUCCAAUCUGAUGACGGCUGUUAUGAAAUUGAAUUGCCAGAAAUUCGUGCUGCGCUAAUUGAACAUGGUCUCUUGUAGUCUUCGUAAAACUUUUAAUUUACGUAUUUUAUAGAUUAUGUGUGAUCUUGUAUACAAUUAAGAUCAUUUUUGGUCUUAAGGAUUUGAUCGUAUUUGUCAUUCAUGUUUUUUUAUAAACAGU